GAUAGUGCCAUCGCUGGCUUGAAAGCACAACCAAGGAAAAAGGGCGAUAAUUCCGGCUGAUAAGAAAUUUGGAGUAGCCGAGCAGCGGAAAGUCAUUGAUAAAAUUGGUUGGAAUCGACGAUUGGUGGAGCAACCAUUGAAACCCCGCCCACAAUGACCGCCCUGCGAUACAUGGGCUGGGUCACCGGCUGUUCAGUCCUCACGGCCUUCGUUUCCAUCAUUUGGCAGGCUUUUCUCUCUCUGCAGACGCUGAAUAGGACUACUGUCCUAUUAACCGGUCUCCUGGCCAUCGAGGGAUCCCUGAAGCGUCCCGCAUUGGAACCGGCGCCGAAAGUGGCCAUUGGAUAUGGAGCCUGCACGGACCUGCAAAUAAACGCCACCGAGUUUCUAAAUCGCUACUACGGCCGUCGCAUCCCAGCGGCUACAACAGGAUCUCGGGAGAUCGUCAACAACGAGGACGAGCUACUGCAAUCAUUUGCCUAUUACUUUCAGAACGGCGCCGCAACAGAACGGGUAAUGGCAAACAGCACCCUUUUCAAACAGCUUGUGGGCUACGCCAAGAUAAUGGAUAAGGAGCGGAUCCAGUGGUACAUGGGUGGAAACGCACCCCUAAUGGCUGUGCGCUUCUUUAUGGAGGGAGCUGAGGUUCUUCUGGGCGCCCACAUGUCUAAAAAAUUGCGCCCCCUGUUGCCCAAGGAGAUUCGUCUGGCUGGCGACGAGAUCCCAAACGAUGACAUACAUCUUAUUCUGGAGUACAAGGCCGGCGACACCUGGGGCUCGUACGUGGCGCCUAGGGCCAAUCGGUACAUACUGCACAACGACCGGAAUAAUCCGCAUCUGAGGGCCGUGGAGCAGCUAACGGAUGCCCUGAAGGUUUAUCACCCGCAGUUGCUGGUGGUCAGCGGGCUACAGAUGAUGGAUAUGUUCACCUUUAAUCCGGGCGAGCGCGAGGCGCGUUUGCAGCAAGUGCAGCGGCAACUAACCAGCCAGCCCGCGGACACUCUCAAUCACUUUGAGAUGGCAUCUUACGUGGAGCUGCAGCUACUGCAGCAGCUACGGCAUUUUGUUCUGCCCUACGUAGACUCGCUGGGAAUGAAUGAACAAGAGCUCUCCAACUUGCAGCAGGUGCUUGCGUACGGACGCACUACUUUGGCCACCGACUGGAAUCCCCGCAUUGCCCACACCCUCGACCAGAUGCGGCAGGUCUUCAUCAGCCUGCUCGAGGACUACGGGGACCGAAGCGCAGGCGAUCCCCGGCGGCGUCGCAUCUCACGGAUCCACGUGCAUACAUUGGCCUAUCAGGCUAUCCUCACCACAACGAGCUCCAAGUGGAAGAACACACGUGCUGCGGCGGCCAAGGCGGCACUCACUGCUCAUCGAUAUGUCUGCAAGUCGCAGUUUAUCAAUCCGGAGGCAGUGCUUCAGGUUCUGGACGACAGUUUCGCCACCUCGGCGCAGACGGAUGCUCCUCGGAUGCGGAUCGGCGCAGCCAGUCCUGUGCCCUGUUGGCGGGAGUAUAUCGAGUACGGUCGCCAGCGACAACGCCUUGAAGUCGAAAUUUGCGUGGCUCCGGUGCUGGUGUGCCGCGAGGCCAGGAAAACUGCCGGGGCUGGCGACAACAUAUCGGCCUCUGGGCUGGCGGCACAGUUGUAGAAGAGACGAGACGAUCACGAUAGAACCGGCAAAGACUGCAUAGUACUUUACUAGAAACCUGCAAUCCAAGACUUGAAUAUAAGGCCAGGACGUAACCCCGAAGCAUUCCCCCGCUGGAUGGACAUGGACUCGGCAUGUUUAGCACCUUAGUGACCUUAGAAACGCGUUACCUUCACACAAAUCUGACGAAAAUGCUCAAGCGAUAGCACCAAGAAAACAACUACUCCCAUGAUACCACAUAUCCAGAUGAGUUUUAUCUUCUCAUCAUCAACGUAAAUUCCAUGUGUUCAAAAUUAUUCCUAAUGCAGCAGCAUCGAAGUUCGGAAACGAAUGCCACCUAGUCCUAAGUUUUGUUAGUCACUAAUUCUAUGUUUUGAUGUAUUUGAACCAUUCCUAAUUACAAUUUGUUUUGCGCACUUGGUUUCAAAACUAAAUAAUGCGGCAACGAAUUAAGCAGGCGUUUACGCACUGUAAGAUAAUUGUGAACUUGUGUCCUUAAUCUUUACUUUGCUAUUCAUAUUUUAAUCUUUGUCAUUCGAAACAAAAUUUAUGUGAUAAUUAGACCUUACAAUUUAUAUUGUCCCCAUUUUUUUACAUACACAUUUGUAACCUCCUAUGAUUUAUUCAAAUUCAAAUUGAUACAAUUACAAUUUGUUUUAUGCUACGCCUUGAAAAUGCAGUGCGUUUCCAGACCAUAUGUAUGUCUGAAAUUGUGACUAAUCUAAAUGUCUGGAAAGUUGGCAAUCUCUUAUAUUUUGACUCCCUUAAAGUUCAGCACACAAACUGGCUUUUCCACAACUGUCUUACAUCUGCGAAACGCACUGUUUAAACACAGACUUACACAUAUAUUUUUCUACACUUAAGUAAACGCAUAUAAACUGGCAGAUGUAGAAUAAAUUCCUGUUGAAAGCUUCAAAUUUAAA